GGCCAAUCAGAUUAAGUGUUAGAUAUGCUCGACCAAUCACACGCGUCCUCCCUGAGCACGAAACCACAAUAACAUGUUGAUUAAUGAGUUUAUAUCAUUGUUUAAGUAUAUCUCUAGAUAUUGCUGUAGUAGUUUAAUUACCGGGAUUCAACCAAAAGAGCUCUACAUGUGUACCGUUUGUGAUGUUUUGUAAAGUUAGUACAUUAAUCUUCUGCGUGAAGUUGACAGGCUUUAACCAAUUGCUAUUUACUUCCGCUGUUUUCGCAUUGCGUCAAUAAUAGCCCGUUAACGUGGGACGCCACGCGGUUUCUUUUUUAGGCGUUUUAAUAUCUUGGAGGCACUUUAGCUUCGAGAUGAGCUCUCAAAAAGGAAACGUUUCCAGAUCGCGAGGACAGAAACACCAGAAUGUCACUGCCUACAAAAAUGACAAGUAUGGUGCAACCGCACAAGUCAAGAAAGCCAAUUCCAAGGUUCAUGAUGGUCUCUGCCAGCACUGCAAAGAUGUACUAGAGUGGAAAGUCAAGUACAACAAAUACAAACCUCUUACACAGCCACGCAAAUGCGUAAAAUGUCUUCAGAAAACAGUGAAGGACGCCUAUCAUAUCAUGUGUAAACCGUGUGCAUUAAAGUUAGAGCUUUGUGCCAAAUGUGGGAACAAAGAAGAAAUUGUCAUUCCGCUUGACCAGAAGGAUAAAGAAGAAGAGGUAGAGGACACCAGCAAGCCAAAUAAAGGAAAGAGGUCCAAAAGAGAUGAUGAAGAUGAGUAUGAUGAUGAGGAGGAUUUUGAUGGCAUGGGUAUCAGCGAUGAUGACUGUGAUGGUGAUUCAGGAGCUGAAGGAAAUUAACAUUACCAUCAAAUAUCUAAACUCAAGACCAGAGCUCCGAGGAAAUCUUAGACUGGAGUUUGGACUCAUUUCUUCCUGCUGAAGGACUCCAGCAGGUGUGUUCCUGUUGUCUUUCUGGACUGUUUGCUUCUUUCCGAACCACCUGCAAGGAAGGAUCCUGCAGGAAUUGGCACAGAAACAUAAGGCAGAAACAUUUUAAGUAGAUUUUUUAAAGAUGACAUUCAGGUUAUUUGUUGUAUUAAUGAUUGAUUCAUAUUGAGAAGCUGUUAAAAUGAAAAAUGUCUCUAAUUCAAAUGAAACGCAUUUGGUCUACAGAUUGUUUUAUGCAAGUAAAAAAAAACUUAAGUAAAUAGAAAAUACUAAUGAAAUAGGCAUUUUUAUUAAAAAGUUAAAUAAGUAAACAAUGUGCCAUACUGCUUAAAUAGCUUUAAAACUGAUAAGAAAAUUAUUUUUUUUCUGUGGAAAUUUCCUCACCAUUUACAAUUCCCCAGCAUUUACACAUUCAGGUGCUAUGAGUUUCUUUCCUGUUGAACACAACAAAAAUCAGCAGCCAUCAUCAACAUCCAUAGCCAACCAUACUAUUAUGGUAGACAGUGGCUGCUGGUCCAACAUUUUUCAGAAUAUCUUGUUUUGUCUUAAGGAUAUUUGUGAACACUAUGUUCAUGUUGGAAACUCUAGCAUGGUAAUAUAAGUGGACACUAAAUAUUAAAUAUACAACAUAGAAACAUUUAUAUUACUAAUACAGUACACAUACUGUGUAAAUGCAUGUAUUUCCAACUCCAGCUUCCAAAAGGUUUGGCCAUUUUGUAAAAAUGCAACACAAUCAAGAAUUGUUUCAUUCUUUAUAUUCAUUUAAUUUUCAAAAAUACAAAGAAAUGAUUCUAGUGUUUUUGGAUUAAGAAAAUGAAAACAACAAAUAUAUUCUGAUAACUGCAGCACAAUCAAAAGUGAAAUCGCAAAGAUUUUAUUUCUUUCACCUGAAAAUAUUCAGGUAAUUCAAAGAAAUCUUAAAGUAUGUGAAAGGUAAGAAACCACAGCUUAAUCUGCACAACUUUUAAGCACUCAGGUUGCACUAUGUAAGAAAAAGUCAAGCUGCUGUAGUAAAUCAAAUCAAGUCGAGCUUUAUUGUCAUUCUGCUACAUAUGUGGACGUACAGUGGAAUAAAAUGUUGUCUCGCAGGACCAUGGUGCUACAUAAAUAAACAAUCUUAAAUAUAAACCCA